UGUCGCGCGUCAUAAAUGUUGUGAUAAUUUAAGCUAGCUAGCUUGCAUCGUACACACAUGAUUAUGAGGAUGAGGAGCAUGGCACAGCGAAUAGGGGAGGUAUUGAGUUUUAUAGUUUUAGCUCUACUCUGCAAGGCGAAUUCCGCAAUGCCUUCCUGGUGGGCCAGCCUGCCUCACGACAAUGCCAGCUAUUGCCUGAGCUGGCGGCUUGCCGUGGAGGCCAACAAUGUGCGUGCGUGGCGCACCGUCCCAAUACAGUGCUUGGGCUACAUUGAAACUUACAUGAUUGGGGGCCAAUAUUUCCGAGACCUGGACUUCAUAAUGGACCAAAUUUUGAGUUACGCCAAUGAAAUUAUUCCAUCUGCUGACGGCAUGGAUGCCUGGAUUCUUGACGUUGAUGACACCUGCAUCUCCAAUGUCAUUUUUUACGGAGGCAAGAGAUAUGGGUGCGACCCGUUUGACCCAGCUGGGUUUAAGGCAUGGGCAACGAGAGGAGGGUGUCCAGCGAUUCCGGCGGCCCUUAGAUUGUUUAAAAGAUUGGUUGACGAUGGAUUCAAGGUGAUCCUGCUGACGGGAAGAGACGACGAGACGCUGAGCGAAGCCACCAUUGAUAACUUGCAUAAAGAAGGAUUUAUUGGUUAUGAGCGUCUGAUUUUGAGGAGUGCAGCUUAUAAAGGGCAAAGCGCGGUGCAGUACAAGUCAGAAAUCCGAAAGCAGCUAGUAGAACAAGGUUACAGAAUCUGGGGAAAUGUUGGAGACCAGUGGAGUGACCUUCAGGGUGAAUGUUUGGGCAAUCGAACUUUCAAGCUUCCUAAUCCCAUGUAUUUUGUUCCUUAA